AUGAAGAUUACACAACUGCUAUAUAUCUCGAGUGUGGUUAUCGCAUCGAUCGAGGCACUGGAAUAUAUAAUACGCUUCGAGACGAAGAAGCAGCGCUGCCUGAAUCCCCCGAGAACGGCCAGAAAGGUGGAAUCCGUCAUCGGAGAGUGCCAGGAUGAGAUCAGGAAUAAGCUGGUCAACGAGGCCUAUGAGAUACUCAAGGAGCAGGUGGCCCACGAACAACCGCCCAUUGAUCCCAAUGAUGACUCCAUCGAUUUCAUUUGGCCAUCGGCUCCUGAUGGCUCAGCAACCAUCGAACUGGAUCAUCCUCCUCAUCCUCCUCCUCCUUCAUCCGGGGGCCCUGUGAACAUCAGCAACUACGAGUACAUAGUCUACGAUGAGCCGGAGCCCCAGCGUCAUGUGGCCAGGCUAAUGAGAAGCAUUCGACGCCUGGAUGUGGCCAGUUCGGGUAUAUAUCAUCCCACACUGGUGCCUCUGGAGGACAAACGCAUUGCGGGGUGCCUGCUACACUGCGUUUAUGCGAGGAACAACGCUAUAGACCACAAAGGCUGGCCCACGCUUGACGGAUUGGUCCACUUCUACUCCGAGGGCGUUGACGAGCAUGGCUUCUUUAUGGCCACCUUGCGGGCCGUGAACCUUUGUCUCAGGACAAUGACCGCCCGGUACAGAGUCAAUCGCAAGGAGCUGCCCCAAAAAGGUGAAAGCUGCGAUCUGGCAUUUGAUGUCUUCGAUUGCAUAUCUGACCAAAUUACCGGCUACUGUCUGGAUCAGUACAGCAGAUACUAA